AGUUUUUAACUCAGAAAUUAAGCUUUUAUUUUGAAAAGAAUCUGACCGGAAACGUGUCGCGUCAGCUGUUUACGCGCGUGGACUUGACGGCAGUCCAACGUUGCAUGCCUCGGUUCCGUUUUCACAACAAACGGGGGUAAAAUCGGUGAAUAUCUGACGGUACCGGCCCGGGAACGCAGCCGAGGCUCCGCGCGUCAUGUCCCGCGUGCAGCUGCUCCGCGCGCUCGUCACCGAGCGGCUGUCCGCGGCCGCGGAGGAAAUCUUCGAGGCGGUGAGGAAGACCAUCGCGGGCUACGAGGAGGAGAUCCUGCUGUCCAGACGGGAGAUCCGCCGGCAGCGCAGGAUGCUGCAGACGGUCCUGCAGCCGGAACCGAGGAGCAGCAAACAGCCAGACCAACCACAGCUGGCUCUGUCCGUCUGGGACGAGGACUUCCCCUGCGAUCAGCAGCAACAGGACCGCCCGGACCAGGAGUGGAGCUCCAGUCAGGACCAGGAGGACCAGGAGCCUCCUCAAACUGAAAAGACCCGUGGGGAGCUUCCUAGCAGGCAGGAGGAGGAGCAGCAGCUUCAGGACCCAGAGGAGGACAACACCAUCACGUUCAUCUUCACUCCUCCGUACGUGAAGAACGAGCUCGACCAGCUUCAGUCCGGUUAUCAGAGCGCCAAAGGAGAAGGAGAUCCUCUGCCGAGCACUUCGGCCGAGCAGGACCAGACGAAGACGGAGGGUGACGACCGGGCGUCGUCGAGCUGUUCUGCACCUGAACACGACGACAGCGAUGAUGAGUGGAGGGGCAGCAUCGGAUCACAGAGCGACGACAGCGACAGCAACCGCACGUGGAAGAAGAGGAAGGGCCCUCGACUGCCGACGGCUCCGACACUGCACCCGAACAAAAAAACUAAAGCGCGAAUCUGCUGCAAAGUCUGCGGGAAAGCCUUUCACGCCAACGUCUCGUUGGUGAAUCACAUGGAGGUUCACCCCAAGGACGUCUGCGGCGUGUGCGGGGAACGUUUCGACACGGAGGAGAGCUUUCAUGUUCACCUGAAAACACACGUGAAAGCUGAAAUCUGCAGCAUCUGCGGGAAAUGUUUCGGAGCCUCCAGCUCUUUGGAGACGCACAUGAGGAUCCACACCGGAGAGAAGCCGUUUAACUGCAGCGAGUGCGGCAAGUCCUUCAACUGUCGACACAACAUGAUGCGACACAUCAGGAUACACACAGGGGAAAAGCCCUACCCUUGCUCCGUGUGCGGGAAAUGCUUCAAUGACUACUCCACGUUGAAGCGGCACCUGCUGGUUCACGUGCACAAGAAGAACGUUGAGCCGAACAAUAGAUCUGAAAACGACAACGACGGCGACAGCGAGAAGAAGAUGAAGACGUCGUCGCCAAAGAAGCAGCAGACUCGGACCAUAUGUGAAGUGUGUGGGAAAAUGUUCCACUCCAUGGUUUCUCUGGUGAAUCACGCCAAAAGUCACGCCACAGACCUGUGCGGCGUUUGCGGGACGCAUUUCGACUCCGAGGAAAACCUCAAACUUCACCUGAAAACUCACAAAAACGGGAAAGUUUGCGAAGUGUGCGGAAAGUGUUUCGACAGCCAAGGAAACCUGGAGAUGCACAUGAGGAUCCACACGGGGGAGAAGCCGUUCCUCUGCAGCGAGUGCGGGAAAUCCUUCAACUGCAGACACAACAUGAUGCGGCACAUCAGGACACACACAGGUGAGAAGCCCUACCUGUGUAACACCUGCGGCAGGUGUUUCAGUGACCACUCCACUCUGAAGCAGCACAGCAGCACACACACCGGAGAGAAACCACACCGCUGUGAGAUCUGCGGGAAAGGCUUCCACCGAAAGACGUACGUGAGACUUCACAUGAAGAGCCACACGACCGAGAAGUGACUGUAAAUAUGUGCAGUGUAAAUAAAGUUUGAAGUGAAAAGUUGAUCUCACCUGUCGCUGUCCUCCGGCUGUGAUCCCACAGGAUCUGGUUUUGAUGUGAAAUCACUGUGUGACAUCACAGAUAUCACUCCGUCCUCUCGUUCCCCUCAUCUUCAGAGUCUCUGCACCGCGUCACGCCUCGGACUUCACGCCGCUCAGUCCCAGAUUUACUCCGAUGGCUUCGUUCGCUCGCUCUCUAACAGCUAACAGGAGCUAACAGCAGCUACGCUGUCCAUCAGGAAACUCAACACUACUGUAAAAACCUUCAUUUAAAUUCUUACUUCAGUAAAAGUUCAUAUCAGAUUCUGCAGUUUAAUGUUGGAGCUCAUUUUCAUCAUGUUAUAUUCUGCUGGGUAUCUCAGUGUAUCAUAAUAUCACACUGUAUUAGUUGACUUAUGUGUUUUAGUUUUUUAAAGUUAAAGCUGUCAGAUAUAUGGAUUGCAGUGGCAUAAAAACAGACUACUCAAAAGUAAAAGUAUUUCCAAAUUGUACCUGAGUAAAUGUACUUGUAGCUCAAUGAGCAAAGGCUCUAACUGACUGUUAGUGAUCCCGGCUCGUCUGUCUGUCUGCUGACUUCAUCACAGCUCGUUUGAUGAACACUAAUCAAUCAAAUAAAGACACUCUGCACAGUCUGCACAUGCUCAGAGGAGUUUGGAGAUAACUCUGCUUGUUUUCUCAUUUGAUUCAUUGUUAAAGAGUCUGCUGGACUCUUCAGCUCGUCUUUAAGGCGUCACACUUCACACGUUUGUAUUCAGGAUGUCAUUUGUCACCAUCCCUGUCGCCUACUUGACUUUCCUCAAAGCUCAGUCUUUAUUCUGGUGUCUGUUCCAGGCGUCAGAGGACGAGACCAGAAAUAGUCAAAUAGUAAAAUCUCAUUAAAAGACCAAAAACUUCCUGUGCAUCCAACUGAAGAUGUAAAUCUUUAAAAACACAAAUAUGUACUUACAUUUUCUAAAAGAAAACAGCUGACACAAGCUUUGAUCUUUUGUUCAUGAAUCCAUGAUGACGGUGUGUAGAUAAACUGAAACAGCUUCCUGUCUGAUCACAGCCUCGUUCAUCAUUCUGUCGUCCCAGCUGAUCUGACCUUUUUUUUAAAUGUUUCUGAUCACAUACUGAAUAUUUUUGUAUUUUCAUAUUUCCUCUCAGAUUUUGUACGACACAUUUUCUUUUAUUUCUCAUGUUCUAGUUUUCAAUCAGAUUUUUUCCUUCAUGUGCUGUGUACACCACUAAGUGGCGCUGUUUCCUCUGUAACUGCACACACACACACACACACACACACACCGAUGGAGUGUGUGACGGAGUUGUGUCGUCACGAUGUGCCUCGGAUUUAAACAUGAACAGGUCUGUGACGUUCAUCUGUUUGGUCCUUCUAAUAAACUUUAAAACUUUACUGAG